UUAAGAUGCUUCCAUUAACUGGGAAAACUAUCACAUUUGAUAGCUUUCCUGAUCCUUCAGAUACAUGGGAAAUCACUGAGACAAUCGGCAAAGGAACUUAUGGGAAAGUUUUUAAAGUGUUGAAUAAGAAAAAUGGCCAAAAAGCAGCAGUUAAAAUCCUGGACCCAAUCCAUGAUAUUGAUGAAGAGAUAGAAGCAGAAUACCACAUCUUGAAAGCCCUUUCUGAUCAUCCUAAUGUAGUCAAGUUCUAUGGAAUGUACUUCAAGAAGGGUAAAAAGAACGGUGACCAGCUCUGGUUGGUUCUUGAGGUAAGUUUUGAAUCUUUUCUUAAUUUGGAGAAGAUUCUAUGCAAUGGAGGAUCAGUGACUGAUCUUGUGAAAGGACUUUUGAAGAGAGGAGAAAGAAUGAGUGAACUUUUAAUUGCUUACAUUUUACAUGAAGCACUAAUGGGGCUGCAGCAUUUGCACAACAACAAUACUAUCCACAGGGACGUGAAAGGAAAUAAUAUCCUCUUGACCACUGAAGGCGGAGUUAAGCUAGUGGAUUUUGGUGUAUCAGCACAGCUAACCAAUACUCGGCAUCGUCGGAACACAUCUGUAGGAACACCAUUUUGGAUGGCUCCUGAGGUCAUUGCAUGUGAACAGCAGCUAGAUAGCACCUAUGAUGCCAGAUGUGACGCAUGGUCAUUGGGUAUUACGGCUAUUGAGCUGGCAGAUGGAGACCCACCUUUUGCUGAUCUGCACCCUAUGAGAGCACUAUUCAAAAUACCAAGAAGUCCACCUCCAACUCUAAGACAACCAGAACUGUGGACAGCAGAAUUCAAUGACUUCAUUAACAAGUGCUUGACUAAAGAUUAUGAGAAGCGGCCAACUGUGUCUGAUCUUUUGCAGCAUGAAUUUAUUACCCAAAUUGAGGGCAAAGAUUUGAUGUUACAGAAACAACUUACAGAAUUAAUUGAAGCUCACCUGCAACUGGGAGUCACCGAAAGGGCCAGACAUGAGCGAAUUCAUACCAAGAAAAGUAACUAUAGUAAAGCUUCAGUGCCCUCUCCAAAGGAUGUGGAUGAUUUAGCUACUCUAGAAGUCUUGGAUGAGAAAACGGUGUCAGAGCAGCUCCAAAAGUGCUAUUCCCGGGAUCAGAUCUACAUCUAUGUGGGAGAUAUACUCAUUGCAAUUAACCCAUUUCAGAAUUUGGAUCUUUAUUCUACAAAGUAUUCAAAACUCUACAUUGGAGCAAAGCGAACUGCCAACCCUCCCCACAUCUUUGCGGUGGCAGACUUAGGCUAUCAGUCUAUGGUAACAUAUAAUUCAGAUCAGUGUAUUGUCAUUUCUGGAGAAAGUGGGGCUGGAAAGACUGAAAGUGCCCAUCUCUUAGUGCAGCAGCUAACUAUUCUUGGAAAGGCUAAUAACAGAACUCUACAGGAAAAGAUUCUCCAAGUGAACAAUCUGGUGGAAGCUUUUGGCAAUGCUUGCACUAUUAUUAAUGAUAAUUCAAGCCGUUUUGGAAAAUAUUUAGAAAUGAAUUUCACUUCUGCCGGAGUUGUGAUAGGAGCUCAAAUUUCAGAAUACUUACUUGAAAAGUCCAGAGUUAUCCACCAAGCUGUUGGAGAGAAAAAUUUCCAUAUUUUUUAUUACAUAUAUGCGGGUUUGGCUGAAAAGAAAAAACUGGCCCAUUACAAAUUGCCUGAAAAUAAACCUCCAAGGUACCUCCAAAAUGAACAUCUCAGAAUGCAGCAGGACUUGUUGAACAACAGUUUCUAUAAUUCCCAAUUUGAAUUAAUUGAGCAAUGCUUCAAAGUAAUCGGUUUCACAAUGGAGGAACUUGGAAGUGUAUACAGCAUCCUAGCUGCAAUUUUAAACAUGGGUAAUAUUGAAUUUUUUUCUGUGGCAACUGAGCACCAAAUUGACAAAAGCAAUAUUGCCAACCCAGCAGCUCUUGAGAACUCUGCCACUUUGCUUUUCAUUCAGGCAGAUGAGCUACAAGAAGCUCUCACCUCCCACUGUGUAGUGACUCGAGGAGAAACAAUUAUUCGUCCUAAUACCAUGGAAAAAGCUAAUGACGUCAGAGAUGCUACUGCAAAGACACUCUACGGUCAACUCUUCAGUUGGAUCGUCAAUCGCAUUAACAGUUUACUGAAGCAUGAUGCAUCACAAAGUGGGACGGAUGGUGAGCUGAAUAUUGGCAUCCUGGACAUUUUUGGCUUUGAAAACUUCAGAAAAAAUUCCUUUGAGCAGCUAUGCAUUAAUAUUGCAAAUGAACAGAUUCAAUUCUAUUUCAAUCAGCAUGUAUUUGCAUGGGAACAGAAUGAGUAUCUAAAUGAAGAAGUUGAUGCUAGAGUUAUUGAAUAUGAAGAUAAUCGGCCUAUUUUAGAUAUGUUUCUGGAGAAACCAAUGGGUUUGCUUGCUCUGCUUGAUGAAGAAAGUCGAUUCCCUAACGCCACUGAUCAGACCCUUGUUGAAAAAUUUGAAGUUAACUUGAAAUCAAAGCACUUCUGGAGGGCUAAAAGACUGGAGCUUACUUUUGGAAUUCAUCAUUAUGCAGGAAAGGUUCUUUAUAAUGCAAGUGGGUUCUUAGCUAAAAACAGGGAUACUCUUCCAACUGACAUCGUAUUACUCCUGAGAUCAUCAGAAAACCAUGUCAUUCGACAGCUUGUAAACCAUCCUCUUUCUAAAACAGGUUAUCUGCCAUUUUCUAAAAAUAAAAAUGUAACAAACUAUCAAAUAAGGACCUCACAAAGAUCAAUCAACCUAUCAAAGGGAGAAAAUGGAGAGUCAACAUAUCUUGCAAGAGAGACGACCAACAUGAAAACACAGACUGUUGCAUCCUAUUUCAGAUAUUCCUUGAUGGAUUUAUUAUCAAAGAUGGCAGUUGGUCAGCCUCAUUUCGUUCGUUGCAUCAAGCCAAAUAAUGAUCGCCAGGCUAGGAAAUUUGAUAAAGAGAAAGUUAUGUUACAGUUGCGCUACACAGGAAUUCUGGAAACAGCAAGGAUUCGCAGACAGGGUUAUUCCCAUCGUAUACUUUUUGCCAACUUCAUAAAGCGGUACUAUAUCCUCUGCUACAAAUCAAGUGAGGAACCUCCAGUAAGCCCUGAAACCUGCGCUGCCAUCUUAGAACAAGCUGGUCUUGAUAACUGGGCUCUUGGAAAAACCAAAGUGUUCCUUAAAUAUUAUCAUGUGGAAGAGUUGAAUUUAAUGAGAAAGGAAAAAGUUGACAAGAUCAUAUUGAUACAGGCCUGUGUCAGAGGAUUCUUGGGUUCAAAGAGGUAUAAAAAAUUACAGGAGAAAAGGAAAGAGAGUGCUACUAAGAUACAGUCAGUUGCACGAGGGCAUCUGGUAAGGAAACAAAGGAAAGAAAUGACUAAAAAAAUGGGAAAAGAAGUAGCAACUCUCCAGAUUCAUGACCAGGAAUUUGAAAGAAAGUUCAGCUUUGAAAGAAAAAGGGACUUCAUUGUGGAGAAAGAAUACUUUGAAAAUGUGGUCCCUGCUAAUGAAGCAUUCAAUCAGUCUUUCAAUUAUAAAGGAAGUGCAUCAGUUAUAAGAAGAUCUAGUUUUAAAGCUAAAGAGGAAGCCAUCAAUGGCAUUCGAAAUAACUACAGAGAUUAUCAAAUAAACCAUAUCUGUGGAAAAGAACUUCAGCAAGAAUUGGCUCCAAUGGAAGGCUUUAAGUCAGAAGUAAGUCUAGAAUUAAAUGGUAGAAAGGAGCAGGAAAGUAUAACUAAGAUAGAGACCACUGAGAAAGAUACUGCUGUGAUCCAGAGAAACCACCAAGACUAUAAUGAAGAAAAAAAUUUUGAGGGACUAAAACUGGCAUAUUCUGAAAGGAAAAGCUUGUCAGAAAAACCCAACUAUAUGGGAUAUCAAUUCCGAGAGCAUGGCUGUCACCAAAGUUCAUUUCAAAAACCAUUGGAACCUAGUCUCAGCUUAAGGUAUCAAAGUGAAGACAGUAAAAAGAAAGAAAGGAGAACAUCUUCCUUUAUCCAGAAUAGUUCAAAACAUGGCAAGGAGAAAAGCCAUCUGAAGCAUGAAGAAAUGAUGCCCAGAGGGAGGAAGACAGAAUUAAAACAAGAGUCUGUCAGAGAGAAAGAGAAACAAGUUGAGCAGAAGAAACAAGAUUUGGAAGAAGAUAAAGCUGCAGUGUUCAUUCAGAGUAAAUAUCGGGGCUACAGAAGAAGACAACAGUUAAGGGAUGGAAAGCCCCCUUCUAUUAAAAACCAAGAUCUUGUCUCAGGAAAACCAGACAUAGAAAGACACACUUGCAGGGCAUAUUCCUAUUCAAUGAAACCAAAGGGAAGUUUUAAUAUCAAGGCCAGGGAUGAGAAGGAUUUAAAGACAAUUUCAGAGAAAGAAGCCUAUGAGUUCACUGUUUUUUCAAAGCAGAUAUCAAGGUUAUCUGAAGACUAUUUCAUUCUACAGAAAAAACUGAAUGAAAUUAUUUUAUUGCACCAGCUGAAGCCUGUUUACCUCAAUAUUCAUCGACCAAUAAAGCCAAUUAAUAGACAAGUUCCUUCUCACCACUGUAUGUCAGGUGUCUUUAAAGAAGAGCCAAAAAUAUUGAGACCUCCAAGACGACCAUCAAAACCCAAAACUUUAAAUAAUCCUGAAGACUCCACAUAUUAUUAUCUGUUACAUAAAUCAAUCCAAGAAGAGAAAAGAAGACCACGGAAAAACAGUCAGGGAAAAGUUCUAGAUUUAGAGGAUUUCUAUUACAAAGGAUUUUCAACUAGUCACUCUGGAUUGAAAGAACAUAAAUCUUACAUGAGAGAGAGAAGACCACGAACAGAACUCCAGAACUCAUGUUUUAAAGCUGAUGAAAGAUGUUGGCCUAUGGCAAACUCAGGAGAAGAAGGUACAGGAGAUAAUCCUUAUGACUACAGGAAACUGCUGCGGAAAACCUCUCAGCGCCGUCGACUGGUCCAGCAGUUUUAGCCACUGCCAGGACUGAUGCUGCUGUGACUCUUUGGCUUUGGAAGCCUCACCCAGGCGUGUUUUCCUUACUUUGUUUAGUGCUGCCUUCCUACCUGCUUUAGGACCAGUGCUCUCAGAGGUGAUAGAUUUCCGGUACCUGCCUCCUAACCUAGGGAAAAGAUCCACUGGAGAUUAUAGAAAGACAAACAAAAAGGACAAAUACUCUUGUGAGUGAGAAUCAGGAGAUCCUGGUCCCUCUGGACUUUGUGAAAAUGUGAGACAUGUCAUAACCAGCAACAUUCUCUUCCAUUAUCUGCUAUUGUCUUUCACAUCAGCUACAUGUCAUUGGCCCAUAGCUUUCUCGAUUGUCACAAGCUAUCAAGAGACCACCAGGGAGAGCACUCCUUUUGGAAACCUCUAUCUCAACUAGAGCAGUUAAUAAAUGGUCUUCCUUCACUCCUCUUUCAAAAGAAACUGCCCUAAUAUUUCCCCAAAUUUUUUUGAAUAAUUUUUAAAUAACUAAUUUAACUUGUAAAGUAGCCCCAUUAUCUCUGCAGUGAAGAUGAAUCCCUGGCCAAACCUGGACUCAAGAUCAAGACUUUUUGCCAUCACCUUUUCUCUACCACUAUUCAAAGAUUGACUGUCUAGAGUGAUAUCUCCUCCUUCUGGGUCAAUUGGACUGGGAGGCUGGGCAUUGUCCCUUAACUGGCUAAGUCUCCAGCAGUGUUUGAGUGCUUUCGAUAAUGUAAGUUAUUUUCCCACCUCCUUUGUUAUUAAAAUUACGAAACAAAUGAAGAACCUUUUGAGGAAUAUCAUUCUCUCUGAUGUAUACUUUAAGAAUUACUCUAAUUUUUAUGACUGAGGAAGGUGGGUCCAGCUCUUCUUUUUUUUUGAGGUGAAGGUCAAAUGGAACAGAGAGCUGGUGGAUAUCAUUGGAGCAGUCCUUUUGAUUGAGGAGGUUUUUGAGUUUCUAGAAGCCUGUUUCUGCUUAUUUAGACUCCCACUUCCAAGUUUGACAUACUAAUGAGGUCCAGACUUUUUUUUGUUUUUAAUUUGCUGUUAAAGGUAUCUGUUGAAUCGAAAGCCCCAGUUUUGGGCAUGAGGUAAAUAGCUCAAAUUUUAAUUGGCUCAUUAAGUCACAUUCCAGAAGAUGAGGGAUUCUUUUGCUAUCUAUAAGUAGCUUUGGGUUCUUCUGGCUACCUCUCCAGCAAACUGCACACCCUUCUACAUCUAUCUA